UGGUUAACGUAGCAGAAGCAAAGGAACCGGAUCCACCUAUGAAAGAUUUGCCGAAAAGUGAUUUGUCACUAAUUUAUUCUAACAAAAACUUCUCUGCACCCCAGAAUGUUUCACCCAAGAGUGAAUCUCUGCAAAGCAAUUCUUCCAAGAACGAUGUGGUGAAAAAUGAUCUUCCCUUGUUGCAAAGCUAUGCACCGAAAGGAGAUUCCCCUGUAAAAGAUCUAUCUGAGCAAGAGUCGACUAAAAAUGAUUCUUCAAAGCGCGAUUCUGUGCCUCAAAAUAUUUCCCUCAAGAAUGAUUCGCCACUGACUAGAUCUCGUAGGGCAGAUUUUGGGGUGAAGAAUCUACCAGUGAGGGAUUUGCCCCUAGAAGAUGAUCCUAAUAGCGAUUAUUCGCCGUUGAGUAAUUCUUCGGUAAGCCCACAAAAAAACGAUUCCCUGCUGCGAAGUGAUCCGCUUAAAACAGAACCUCCGCUCAACAAAACAACCAAAUCGGAUUUCGAACUAUUAGUACCGAGUAAAAAAAAAUUAAAAGGGGUCCCAGGCAAAGAUGCGCAAAUUACAUUUUCGCCUAAUGGGGCAGUCAAGAAGCUACAAAUCGUGUUAUCAAGAGAACGGGUCAAAACUGAGAUCUACCGGAACGUGUCCAGCUACUUGAUGAAGAAAAUACAAUCUAAAAAAUCGGAAGUUCUCAAUGCCCAAGUGCUACGUAGUAAUAUAGCGGCCGAGAUGAAUGAUGUAAAUCGUCAGCUGCUGGAGAUUGAAAUACAGCAGGAAAAUGUCCGAAAGCUGCUGAACGAGUGCCAGGGAACACUCUCCGGAAAGGUUACAUAUCGUCUGGCCAAUAUCGAGGCCAAUAGGUUGGUCAAGGAAGAGCGGGAGCCCAUCAUCAGGUAUAGCCACCGGAACAAGUACCUGAAACUCCUAAGGGAGCUGCGCCGGAGAAUAAAGGAGGAAAUUCAGAAGAUCUCUAGGCUAGUGGAUGACACAACCACCACCGAGAACCCCACUGAUGGGAUAUUUCCAACUCUACCUUGGUAG